CAUCAUCCAACUCGAUCAUCACGUACUGAAAAUUAGAAUAGCUAGGCAACGUGAUUUAGAUUUGCAAUUCAGUAAAACUUAUCAUAAUGCCUCAUUUCAUUACCUAUUUCCUACUCUUUUCUACUCUUGCCAUUUCUUGCUCUUGCUUCAACACCAAGAACCUCAACAUCUCCAAAUCCAAAGCAAAUUCCGACUGGUCCCUUGCCGGCGCGACUUGGUAUGGAAACCCCAAUGGUGCGGGAAGUGAUGGCGGAGCUUGUGGAUACAGAAAUAGUGUAGAGCAGCCACCAUUCUCUUCCUUCGUAACAGCUGGUGGUCCUUCUCUGUUCAAAUCUGGCAUAGGAUGUGGAGCUUGCUAUGAGGUAAAGUGCACUGAAAAUGCAGCAUGCUCGGGAAAGGCGGUGACUGUGGUUAUAACCGAUGAGUGUCCGGGAUGUGUAUCAGAAUCAACUCAUUUUGAUAUGAGUGGCACUGCUUUUGGAGCCAUGGCAGCUUCCGGCAAAGCUGACCAGCUCCGCAACGCCGGACUGCUCAACGUUCAUUAUAGAAGAGUUGAGUGCAAGUAUCCGGGAGUACCACUGAGUUUCCACUUGGAUUCUGGUUCGAACCCCUACUAUUUUGCACUUGUGAUUGAAUACGUGGGAGGCGAAGGGGUCCUCAGCGCCGUAGAACUGAAACAAGCCUUCAACUCGGAUUCAUGGCUUCCCAUGCAACGCUCUUGGGGUGCAGUGUGGAAGCUUCAAGACCCCUUCGGACUAAAACCGCCAUUCUCCCUCAAACUCACCGAUGAUUCUGGCAAGACUCUCGUCGCCCACAACGUCAUUCCGGCCGGUUGGCAGCCCGGAAAUACUUAUCAAUCUGUUGUCACCUCUUUUGUUUGAAUUGAUUAAUAUACAUAAUAAUAAUUAUUAAAUAUUAAUGAUUUAUUAAUUAUUAUAUAUCAAGGAAUUUGAUGUAUUCUUAUCCCAUUAUAUUAUGUUGCUAUGUACUACAUUUGUAUAAGCCCCCUUCGCACACUACAUAUGCGGUGUCGAUUUCUGAGGCUGACAAUAGAUUAAACUACAUCGUUUGUAACCAAGUUGUUAU